ACAUCUUGACAUUGCUUGUAUUUUCAUGGCACUGCAUUGUUGAUAAAACCUCGAAGCAAGUGCAUUUGGCGGGCUAUUAAGUUUUUAAUGUUUCUGUGUAUAAAUUAAUUGUAAAAUAUCGGCUAUCUGGUGCAAAAUGAACGCAAGCAUUAACCGCAAACGUUUGCGUUCGAACGAGAGUUCGGAUGGAUGCUUUGUUGUGCAGCGGAAAACUUUUGUCAACCAACAGAUGAUGGACCAGCAGGAUCCAAACAAAAUGAAACGGAUCCUAGCGAAAACCAUAAACUUGCUGUUUCAAGGAGCAAAGAAUCACGACAAAGAUUUGCCUGUAGAUCAGAAGGAAUCACUGAAAUCAGUUCGUUUGCUCGGUGGUGGAGAAAUAGAUUACGAUAUGAAUGCUACUUCUUCCUGGUUGGGAAAGAAAGCUGAUCGAAAAUGUCGCCAGUGCGAUCGUAUGGCGAUUGUACACACAGAUUGCACCAACUGCAACUUGGAACUGUGCGAGUACUGUGGUGUGAACUGCAACUUUUGCCACGAAAAGAUUUGUCUAAACUGUGUAACUAUAUUUCGUUGCGUAUCGCAUGAUAUGCCUUGCUGUGAGCAGUGCAAAAUGUUUGUAUGAUAACUGGGCCAAGCGUACAAGGAUAUGUGAUAGAAAAACCGCCACUUUUGUUUACGAUUACGAUCAGUGUUUAGUUUAUUUGCUGUUGUUUUUAUAUUGUGUUUAGAUGGAGAAUAAAGAGAGUCAUUAGUCUUAGCUUCUAACAGUUUCAAGCAAA